AGCAGCGUGGGCAGUCUCUCCCUCUGUCACCGCCUGCGUCAGACGCCAGGAGGGAGUUUUCCACUGACGAAAAAGGUUGCGCUGCCGAGCAGACUGGUUCAGACAAGGGAAACGCUUCAGCUGGUACGGUGUCCAUACAAUAGCGAGACAAAAACCGAAGGCUCUGUGCACGGAUAAAGCAACAUUGUGUCGCCUGGAUUACUAUUAUUUCAUCUGCUUAUUUCUUCUAUUGUUACUAAUGGUGAUCGGAUACGUUAGUCCUUGAUCAUCUACCGCCAUGAGUGGGGUUCUGAAGAGGAAGUUUGACGAGGUGGAUGAUGACCAGUGCUACUCCUCGUCCUCCCCGUCGUCCCUUACCUCCUCUGCGGGAUGGGACUCGGAUGGCGAGAGCUGCUUUUCUGACACGCUGGACUCCCCUAGUUCGCCGGCAACAGCUCCAACCACAACGUCCAUCCUUAAGAAGUCAAAACGGACGAGGAGAGGCAACGUGCAAUUUGACCAGGUGGAGGUGUACUUCUUCCCGCGGUGCCAAGGCUUCACCAGCGUGCCCAGCCGUGGCGGCUGCUCCCUGGGCAUGAUGCAGAGGCACAGCGCCCAGCGCAGCUACACGCUGGCAGAGUUUGCUGUGGAACAGCGCCUCCUGCGGCGUGAGAAGAUGAAGCACCGCAUGAGGGAGGAGAAGCUGGAGGCCCUCAGGCACAAACUGACGAAGAACGGUACUCAGGAGUCGGAAGAGGCCGACCAGCUGACGCUGGACGACAUUCCUGAAGACGAGAUCGACCUGAGCGGCGUGAACGUGGACGACGGCUCUUUCCUGCAGCCGUUCCCGUCCAAACGGCGACACGCACUGCUCAAGGCCGCCGGCGUCAAGAAGAUCGAGAAGGAGGAGAAGCGCCAGCUGCACGAGCUGAGGCUUUCGCGGGAGAACUGCGGCUGCGACUGCCAAGUGUUCUGCGAGCCCGAGACCUGCAGCUGCAGCCUGGCAGGCAUCAAGUGCCAGAUGGACCACUCGUCCUUCCCCUGUGGCUGCUCAAAGGACGGCUGUGGGAACACUGAGGGCCGCAUCGAGUUCAACUCGAGCCGCGUGCAAACGCACUACAUCCACACCAUCAUGAAGCUGGAGCUGGAGAAGCGCCUGGAGGAGCACUCGGACCAGGGCGACCGGUCCCCGCCCCCUCAGGAGCAUCACGCGCAGGAGUCCCACCCCCACCAGCAGACGUCAGCACCGGCCAUGCCCGAUGUGCCCACUUUCCACUUCAGCUCGGAGCUGACAUCGGUCGGGGAGAACAGCUGCAGCAGUGACAUGACGGACACGUCAAGCUCGUCGGGCCAGAGUGAGGACUCUGAGGAGAGUCCUGCGGUUGGGGAGCACUCACCGCUGGACGUGGACGAGAACGGCCUCACGCGCAUCCUCAGCUUCACCGACACCGACAGUGAGGAUGCCAACUGUGGAAACGGUGACAUCCGACAUGACUGCACCAAUGAUAAUGACAACUGCCAGAAGAGAACCAAGUCGUCAUCAACAAUGACUACAACUGGCUUCAGCAUCUUUGGAACAUGUUCGGAGGACAAUGACAACUUGUGUGCCACAUUCUCAGGCAGGCACGCGGACCUAGACGACAACAGGUCCUCCUCCAUGUCCGAACUCUUAGACGAGAACGCCAACCAGGGCAACGCAUUAUUCCACAGCUGCACGGUCCCCAACACACCUUCACCGUCGUUCGACCACUCGUCCAGCUACAUGGACCUGAGUCUGUCCUCGGAGUCGGACCUGGAGUUUUUCGAUGGCUUCCCCUGCCUGGGCCCCAGCUCACUGUACAACUCCCUCAAGGAGUACGAACACAUGGACAACUUUUUUCAGUUCCAGUUGCCUAGCUAUCCCAACCUGCCCCAGGGCAAUGACCCAGGGACCUGCCUCCUGGAGUCUCUGAUUGGCCUAUCAGAAUCGGUUCCAGAGCCCCCGCCUACUUUCACAGACAAUCAAUUGCUGGAAGAAGCUAUGAAGUUGUCUGUGAUGGAAUCUGUAAAAGUCUAAUGUGAACCAAGAUUGUGAAAUAGACAGUAUUGUACAUAUUUAAAAAAAAAAACUUUGGGGACUGGAUGUGCACAUGUAUUUACUUUGAUGUGAAACAUUUUGAUGGCUUUGAUGUCACUUGCCCCCUCCUGGUAUUGAGAUUUCUCGUUUGCCUUUUGAAACUUCAGCAGAGCAGUAUGUUUAAAGUCAUGAUCCAAUCGGUAGCUAAUAUUUGUAUUGAUAUGGGGGAAGCCAGCAAGGUAAAACAAAAAAAAUAAUAAUUGGCUUUUGAAAGCUCUAUGCCCACGGAUCAGGGCUCUGGGUAUCCCAGUUGGUUUCCCCCGAAGCUUAAUUGGUCAGCUACAUUUAAUUUAUAUUGUCUUCAGAGGGGGCACGGGGGAGGAAGUCUACCAAUAUCACAGAAUGUGAACCUCAGGGAAUUGUUCUAGCUUUUGAAAGAAGCGCUUGGAGACCUGUCCUUUAGAUGGGAACUCUUGCUUGACUCUUCAAUGGGGCUUUUCACCACGGAAACGAUGCCAACAUUUUCAAGGCCUAAUUUUAAGGAACCUUAAUUUUUUCAAUCACAAAGCUAGAGGUGAACUCCAGAUCCCUCAUGAUGGCAAACUUAAGAAUCUGAUAUAUGGUACACAGUUCCCCCAAAGGCUCCUCAAUCAGCACUUUAUCUUUGAAGAUAGUCAUGAAAUAAACAAAAGUAUAAGGCAGAGGAGCGUGUCUUCAUCUCCUUUUGUGUCUUUGAAGUCGAGAUUGUUGUAAACUGCCUCUGAUGAUGGGUCAACAGUUCAGAAGUUUACCAGCUAGAAUUACUGAGCAUUUUUUAUUUAUUGUCAAACCAAGAAUAUUACCGCUGUAAAUCAUUCAAAAAGGAUAGUAUAACUAAUAUCUAUUAUCAAUAUCGCUUUUUAUUUAUUCCUUAAGUUUUAUUAGUUUUCAUUUUUUAAUUUAUUUCUCUAAACACCGAUUCAAAGAUGUGGAGCAUUGUAUAACCAGCAAAUGCAACCAUUUCUAUUUUGUCCUUUAAUGGGUUUUUUUUUUUUUUUAUCCUUGUACACUUUGUUCUUUUCUGUGAAUGGGAAAGAUGAGCAUACAAGACGUAUUUAAUAGUCUAUACUAUUUCACAUUUUUAACAUUUUUAUUAAAUUAUUCCUCACUUCAGCAGUAAUUUAAUUUAUUACAUUUUGGGGGCAAUAACAGAGGGAUGUGAAAAAGAAAAGUUUACUAUUAUGUGCCUGUUCAUCAAAGGAGCCAUGUUUGCCCGUUUCUUGUACACAGUGGUUGUUUUCCAGCAGUUGGAUUGGACUAAACUUACCUAUCUGAAGAACUGUGGGUCUGCAUUAUAGCUUAUCAUGUAGCUAGGAACUUAUACUAAGAUUUUCUAACUAAUUUGUGUAGAUGUAAAAAAAAAAGAAUUCUAAUCUGUAUCAAUGAUAAAUUAUUUUAUUAAAAAAUGAAAUCUGCCAUUUUCUUCAAAUAUUGACACAUUUGUAAUAUAUUAAUAUAGAAAAAAAGUAUAUGAAGACCCUUCAUUAUCGGGUGAAAGGCCUUUUACAAAGCCCCUCUAUGGGGGUAGAUGGUCUUCUAUUAAACUAAAAACUAUGUAAAUUUGCUAAGCCAAAUUUGAUUGUACUCAGAAUGUUGAGAUAUAAACAACUGAUCAACCUAACUGUGGCUGUAAAUUAUUUUCUCUUUUUUCUUUUUGGAUCAAGCCUGCAUAUAUUAUGCAACUUGUACCAUAUUAUGCAAAACUGUUGCCUGUAUUUGUUUUCAUGAUAACCUUAAGGCAGAUGGAAACGUAUUGCUAUUCGCCCAAUAAGGUGUGAUUGGAAAAUCACUAGACAAAUACAUAUUCCCAUUCAAAUGUACAUAUCCCAUCAGAAACAUGUCCUGUUCCAACCACAAGUUCUGACUUUAUUGGGAGAAGAUGCAUGUGGGACCCAUACAUAUGUUAGUCUGAGUGGCAUAAUUUCAAAGAGCAAAAUGCACAAUCUGAAAAGUAUUUGCCUUUUGCUUUCCUUUGCUGUUCUUGAAUUCUAUUUCAUGUCCAAGUGGACUUUGUUUUUUUAUUAUUAUUUUUUAAACACUUUCCCAUGAAGAUAUGAAAACAAUGGGUAUUUCUUGAGCGUGAAUUAUUGUAUGUUUUCAACAACACUGCUUUUUUGAAGUGUUUCUUAUGUUUGCCUUUUUUGUUGUACAUAUUUCUUCAGCUUCGGUGGUACUACAGAGCAAACAAUGCUGCUUUUUAUAUUUUCACUCUUUAACUGUUAAAGCUGUUCAUUUCAAAUCAUUCAACAGUAGUUUGUCCCUGCAAAUAAAAAAGUUCAGCUUUUUUCUUAAA